UGUCUAGGGAUUUUCCCCGAAUCUAGGGAUUUUUUGAAGCUUUUGGAGCGCUGGAGGGAUUUUUUUUGAAAUCUAGGGAUUUAUUAAACUGUGCUGGCGCCAUUUUUUGUUGUUAUUAAAUAUCUUUUUGUUCAAAUAUUAUUAUUAUUGUCAUUAUUUAUUGUUCCCUGACAUAAAUAUUCCUAAGUAAACAUUAAAACAUUACCUAAUCAAUGAUUAAAGUGGAUUAAACAUAGUGUUUAAUAGGUUAUAAAUUAAAUUGACAGCUGUCAUCUGUCAAUUUCUUCUUUUUUAGGUCAAAUUAAUACGAUUUAGGGAUUUCUAGGGGAAAUUGAAGCUCCCGUCUAGGGAUAUUCUGAAAUUUCAUCUGGCAACCCUGCAUUCCACCAUUCCACCCAUUUUAUUUUUAAAAGUGAUUCGAUCGAGAUUCCGACAAUAGUUAUUUUUAUUAAAAAAUUAUAUAGGUGUUUAACAUAGUUAAGAUACAAAAAGAGAUAGUCCGUAAUGGGUGACCAGGCCGACUUCGCAACAAAAUUUCAUAACCUUGAUGGAGAUCUAAAGGGAGAAAGGACCAAAAAUCUUUUUAAAUUGUUAAAAACAACAGUUUUUGAAAAUGAACAACAAUUAGACAGUGCCUUAAGAAGCCUAAAACCUAAAUCUUACCAAGAAAACUUGUUUUACAUUGAAACGUUAAUUUAUUUUAAAAGAUCCAACGAACUCCUGGAGGUUCUAAAAGGAGGAAAUGAGGUUCACAUAAGUAAAAUUUUGAAGCAAGCAUGGUGUUUCCAGAAUAUAUUUGAUAAUGUGGAGCCUGAGGCAUUUGUAACAGAAUUCUUACCACAUGUAUCAUAUGCUGUUAAAAAGAAAUUUUUAAAUAGGAUUUCAAAUCACUGGACUGAGAAAAAGAUAGACUCACUCUUUGAAGCCCUUUUAAAAAAGUAUGGCAUACCCAUGGCAGUAUCAGUCUUACACAAAUGCAGUCCUACUAAAAUUCAAGCUGCAAUUGUUGAGCUUGAUUUACAGUUAAAUUCAAACCAAGUACUUAACAUAUACAAUAAAAGUGAAGAGCUGUUCAUAUUCUAUGUGAAUUUGAAACAGUAUUACAAUGAUGAGAAGGUACUAAAGAAUAUAGCUAUAAAAAACCCAGAACUUGUGUUGAAACUUCAUCGGGAACGAAAGAUUCGUUUAUACCGAGUUGGCAGAAGAACUUCUAAAAACAUUUUUAAUAUGGUUAAUGAUGACGUUUUAAAAGAUAGCGAAUAUUACCUAAAGUUUUUAAACAAUGCAGUAGUUGUUCGAAAAUUAGGUAAACAUUUUGAUACUUUAUUUAAGGAUUUGUUUCCUAACCAGCUCAAUAGUGUAAGUACGUACUGUAAGAGCUGCCAGUUAAUAAGUUAUUAUCCUAAAAACAGAAGAUGGAAUUUAUUAAAUCAAACAUUUACCGAAAAAUUCAAUGGUCGAGAGUUAAAAGAUCUCUUGCUGAAUUUUAAUUCAAUGACGUCGCUAAAUCCACCCAAAGAAAUUGUUGAGUUGUGGGCUGAAGUUCACUAUAAAGAACAACAGGGAAAUUACAAUAACUUUCUUAAAUACUACCCACCUGCGAAAGCUAUACCGGCCCUUAAAGAAAAAAUUAAUGUCACUUCUGAUUUGUGGGAGAGACAAUCUUUGGUAUUAUUACUGAUUGAAACAUGUAAGAACAGUGAAGAUUUGGAUGCACUGGUGGAAGUUUUGAAGUAUAUAUGCUUCAGGCAUAGAAAUGAAGAGCCGAGUUUUCGUACAAGUGUCCUGGGCUCAUUGAGAAAUGCAUUCAAGUUGGAAGACUUUAAUGAAAAUCAUUGGAAGUAUAUUGACGAACAAUUAGAAAUAUUAAGAAUACAAAAACAAUUCUCACUUGGAAGCAAUGGAGAUUUCAUGGAAAAACAUUUGGAGUAUUUAGUUAAGAACGGUAAAGAUUAUAAACCGUUGCUUAUUCAAUACCUGAAAGACAUGGCUAUUGAACGUCGUAUCAGAGAUUUUCGUAAUAUAGAUUUAUCCAUAAGUAAGCGGCUUUACACAGAAAUGGUAGAUCAUAUUGAAGAAGUUAUUAAUAGUGUUAAUAACUCUUAUAGUAUACAUUUUAAACAUGAUUAUUUCCUAACAAUUCUGAAUUUUUGUCAGAAUAAUCCCGAAUUUUGUAUUAAAAUCGCAGAUUUUCCACUAUUUGUUCAGUUAAUAGAAAACAAUUUCAGUAAAGAUGCUAAAUACAAUAAUCAAAUAAUAGCAAAUGUUAUUUUAUACAAUGUAAAGUUUCCUCAAUAUGCUGUAAAAUACAAUAUAGAUAUAUUUGACAUACUGCGACAUACUAUUGCUGAAAAUAAGUAUUUAGGUCCAUUGGAAUCAGUUUUUACUAAAAUAAUUCUUACCAAAGAUCGAGACGAUUUCGCAAAUAAAAUGUUAGAAUUUUAUUUUAAAGAAUUGUUCGAGAGAUACACCGUUUCAUGUAUUGUAUGUUGGUUUCUAAAAAAUGAACCAAAGAUUUUAUCGUCUUAUAUGACAAUAGUAGCAGACAAGUAUGCCACGUGUCUUGAUGACAUCAAAAUUUAUAGACUAAUAAAACAUUAUUCACAUUUAGGAUUUGAUAAAAUAUUGAGCGAUUCUCUGAUAGCACAACUAGACAAGAAUGAUGUUGAUGUUCCAAGAAGAAUACUGAUACCAAUAUGUAUCCUACUUUCUACUAAUGAUUUUAUAACUUUUGUUUCUGAAAGAUAUUUACCCAAAAAGGACAAACUUGAUCUAGUGGAUGAUGAGAUGCGUGAAAUUUAUAGGGUUCAGUGUGAAGUAGCCAAACGACUUGCUCACGUUGAUGAACCUUACAAAAUGCUUCCCACAAUAAUGAAGUUUUGCAGAGGAGACUAUUUACAAUCAGCCCUACCAUCAUUGCAAAAAGCUUUUUAUAGAUCUCCAGAGAGACUACUUUACUCUUACGUAGAAGCUUUGUCAAAGCAAGCAGUCUCAGCGAGGAAACACGCCAUACACCUUAGCUGUGAAGUACUGGAUAAACCGCAUACCUUACAUUUAUUGGCAAAUACAAAAGAGACUAAUAUAUCGAGUUUAAAAUAUCUAUUCUCAGCAACUUUAAAGUAUUUUCUGAAGAAUCCAUCCGAAGAACUACUGGAUAAAGUUAUCGAGAAUAUGAAUAGCAUCGAUGUUAACGAUAAAGAAACUUUGGAUAGUUUAAAGGACGUUACUAUACCUGUCAAAUACAGAGCACAGUAUAUCGAGAAAUGUUGGAAGUACUUUGAAGGAUUGAAAGCAAAAGAGGUUAAAAUAACUGAAUAUUUGAAUGCUUUCCUGAAUCACAUGUCUGCAGAUAUAUUAUUGAUAUUGACUGCGCCAUUCAUAAGCGACAUUAUCAACCGUUACUUCCCUGUUAUAGAGGAACGUUUAAGUUCUAUCGAUGAGUUUGUUAUACGUGUGUUACAAACUCGUGUAGCCGAAAGAAACAAAAACUUCCAAAUUGUGUUUGAUAUUUUGUCGAAAUUAUCUGAUAAUAUGAGAAUUUCAUUUUUUAAAUCCUUCAUUAACAAUAAUCCUGACCAACAAUUGUUAGCUUUGUUCGCCGAAAAUUGGUAUAAAAACUUCACUUUGAUCGACAGUUUUGAUGAACAUAUAUCUCUAAAAUUGAAUUCGUUUAGAUUGGAAAAUUUAUCUGUUGAUGAUCUAGCUAAGAAAACUGUAAAUUACUUAGAGCAACUAAUGACAGAAUUUGGAUAUCAUUGCUUUGCACGUUUUGAGGAACAAUUUACAAACGCCUUUAAUAACUACGAUACAGUGGAAGAAUAUACGUUCUAUUUGGCUAUUUUGAAAUAUAAAGUAACUCCAACUACUUGUACUUUGGUACUAAAUAAUAUAAUUCAUAUGUGUGACAAUGAGAAUGUAAAUCUUAAAAAUACAUUCAAUGAAAUUAUUAACAUUAUUAAAAGUGUUGAAACACCAAUUGUUCGAAUUAAUUUUAAAGCGUUUCUUCUUAAACACAACCAAUCAAAAUGCCAAGAAAAAGCAGAAAAAAAUAAAAAAUUGGGAGCAAGGCAGUACGUAAACUACUCUGAAACCAUGCUUGAACGAGCUGUGGAAGCGGUGAGAGGAGGUUUAAGUUCCCGUCAGGCAGAAGAACGUUGCAAGGCAAAUCAGGAGGGAAGUGGGAACGAGGAUUUAGAAGAAGAAAGAGAGAUGGAGACGAGUGACAACGAAAAUUUAGCAGAAGAAAUGGAGAUGACUAACAGUGACGAUGAUAUUGGUGGGGAGGCAGAUGAAUUACAUCAAGAAGAGCAGGAUGAAAUGGUUGAAAAUAUCGAGUCUGAUGAAAAUAUCGAAGUAGAUGGAAAUAAUCGAAAAAUUGUUAUCAAAAAUUGUAUAAGAACAGGAUACCAAUUUAACGAAAACCUAAUGGGUGACCAGGUGGACUUUGUAACAAAAUUUCAUAAUCUUGAUGGAGAUUUAAAGGGAGAAAGGACCAAAAAUCUUUUUAAGUUGUUAAAGACAGCAGUUUUUGAAAAUGAAGAACAAUUAGACACUGCCCUAAGAAGCCUAAAACCCAAAUCUUACCAAGAAAACUUGUUUUACAUUGAAACUUUAAUUUAUUUUAAAAGAUCCAACCAACUCCUAGAGGUUCUAAGAGGAGGGAAUGAUGUUUACAUAAGUAAAAUUUUGAAGCAAGCAUGGUUUUUCCAGAAUGUAUUCGAUAACGUGGAGCCUGAGGCAUUUGUAACAGAAUUCCUACCACAUGUAUCAUAUGCUGUUAAAAAGACAUUUCUAAAUAGAAUUUCAAAUCACUGGAAUGAACAAAAAGUAGAUUCACUCUUUGAAGCUCUUCUAAAGAAGCAUAAAAAUGAAGAACUGAAUUUUCGCACAAAUGUGAUAUGGACAUUGAAGAAUGCUUUCAAGUUCGAAGAUUUUAAUGAAAAUCAUUGGAAGUAUAUUGACGAACAAUUCCAAAUAUUAAGAGUACAAAAAAAAUUUUCACUUGGCGAGAAUGGAGAUUUUAUGGAAAAACAUUUGGAAUAUUUAGUUAAGAAUGGUAAAGAUUAUAAAUCUUUGCUUAUUCAAUACCUUAAAGAUAUGGUUAUUGAACAUCGUUACAGAGAUUUCGAUAAUAUAGAUUUAUCCGUGAGUAAGCGGCUUUACACAGAAAUGGUGGAGCAUAUUGAAGACGUUAUUAAUAGUGUCAAUGAUUCUACUUAUAAUGAACGUUUUAAACAUGAUUUUUUCUUAACAGUUCUGAGGUUUUGUCAGGACUAUCCCGAAUUCUGUAUUAAAAUUGUAGAUUUUCCACUAUUUGUGCAGUUAAUAGAAGACAAUUUUAGUAAUAAUUGUAAAUACGAUAAUCAAAUAAUAGCAAAUGUUAUUUUAUACAAUGUACAAUUCCCUCAAUAUGCUGUAGCAUACAAUAUAGAUAUAUUUGCUACAUUGCGCCAAGCUAUUGCUGAAGAUAAAGAUUUAGGUCCAUUUAAUUUAAUGUUUGUUAAAAUAAUUCUGACCAAAAAACGAGACGAAUUCGCAAACAAAAUGUUAGAAUUUUAUUUUGAAGAAUGGUUCGAGAGAUUUCCGGUUUCACAAAUUGUAUGUUGGUUUCUAAAAAAUGAACCAAAGAUUUUAUCGCCUCAUAUGAGAAUAGUAGCAGAAAAGUAUGACACGUGUCUUAAUGGCAACAAAAUUUAUAGAUUAAUAAAACAUUAUUCACAUUUAGGAUUUGAUAAAAUAGUGAGCGAUUCUCUGAUAGCACAACUAGACAAGAAUGAUGUUGAUGUUUCAAGAAGAAUACUGAUACCAAUAUGUAUCCUACUUUCUACUAAUGAUUUUAUAACUUUUGUUUCUGAAAGAUAUUUACCGAAAAAGGACAAACUUGAUCUAAUAGAUGAUGAGAUUCGUGAAAUUUAUAGGGUUCAGUGUGAAGUAGCCAAACGACUUGCUUAUGUUGAUGAACCUUACAAAAUGCUUCCCACAAUAAUGAAGUUUUGCAGAGGAGACUAUUUACAAUCAGCCUUACCAUCAUUGCAAAAAGCUUUUUAUAGAUCUCCAGAGAGAGUACUUUACUCGUACGUAGAAGCUUUGUCAAAGCAAGCAGUCUCAGCGAGGAAACAUGCCAUAUUCCUUAGCUGCGAAGUUCUGGAUAAACCACAUACCUUACAUUUAUUGGCAAAUACAAAAGAGAGUAAUAUAUCGAGUUUAAAGUAUCUAUUCUCGGCAACUUUAAAGUAUUUUCUGAAGAAUCCAUCUAAAGAACUACUGGAUAAAGUUAUCGAGAAUAUGAAUAGCAUCGAUGUUAACGAUAAAGAAACUUUGGAUAGUUUAAAGGACGUUACUAUACCAGUCAAAUAUAGAGCACAAUAUAUCGAGAAAUGUUGGAAGUACUUUGAAGGAUUGAAAUCAAAAGGGGUUAAAAUAACUGAAUAUUUGAAUGCUUUCCUGAAUCACAUGUCUGAAGAUAUAUUAUCGAUAUCGAUAUUGUCUGCGUCAUUUACAAGAGAUAUUAUCAACCGUUACUUCCCUGUUAUAGAGGAACGUCCAAGUUAUAUCGAAUGGUUUGUUAUACGUGUGUUACAAAUUCGUGUAGCCGAAAGAAACAAAAACUUCCAAAUUGUGUUUGAUAUUUUGUCGAAAUUCUCUGAUAAUAUGAGAAUUUCAUUUUUUAAAUCAUUCAUUAACAAUAAUCCCGACCAACAAUUACUAAUUUUGAAAUUGGUAUAUCAAGAAUAUUUUGAAACAUAUAUAAUGGCAAAUGGCAAUUCAAUAGAGGUUGUAAUAUUAAAAGAAGAGCUGGAGGAAGAAAAUGAUCAAUUUUCCUGGAAUUCGCGGACAACCAAUUUAUUGCUGGCUGCCUACAAAGAAAGAAAGGCUCUAUUUAGAGAUCCCAAGGUAAAAAAGAAAAGUUUGUGGGCAGACAUAAAAAAUGUUUUUUUAAAUCAUGGCUACUUUGUCUCAGUAGAUAUUCUUGAUAGAAAAUUCAGGAACUUGAAAUGCCACUUUAAAAAUAUUAAGGAUAAAGCCAAGAAAACCAGAUCAGGAAAAGCUAAAGUUUCUUGGGAGUAUUUUGACACUAUGAGCGCCAUAUUCGACGAGGAUAAAACUAUGAAUCCUGAUGAGGUUAUAUCCUCGAUGAAUAUGGCGUUAAAAAGAGAUGUGUGUGAUGACGAGGAAAGUAUACUACCAACGAUCCCUAUAUAUGCAGACGACUCACAACCCAGUACAGGCAGUUCAGAAGCAGAAGAUGAAACUGAAGACUUAUACAAAUAUAGGAGCUAGAAACUGAAUAUUAACAUACAAAGUUGACAAAUAAUAGAUAAGCUGUAUUUGAGGUAAAGUUGUCAUUUUAUUAAAGUUGUAAAAGUUUUAAAGUAAUAUUCUUGGCGUUUGAAUAAAUUAUUUUAAAGCAUAGUAACAAUACUAUUAAUUAAUGUAUUUUUUGUAUGGAAAAACAAUCAUUUUGAAUAGUUUCUUGAUAGUAACAUGACAGGGAUCAAAGUCACAUCUGAAAACGGACCGGAUUAGUCCAUAAGUAUAGCAAUUAGGUACCUACCCAUGUAUCUAGUAGCGUAACGCUUACUGUAUAUUUAGAUGUAUAGAUUAGGUAUAUAUUUUGUAUAUAGAUUAUGUUCAACUUUUGUCGAUAUAUUUUUAGAUUUAAAAUAAAUAUUAAAAUUGAA